CGAGUCCCGCCCCAGCCAGCGUCCGCCAGUAGUCCAGUCGCUGCUCUUUUCCAGACGGGUUAGACCUAACGGGAGGAAUCGAAGAAAAGAAUACCAGCUGGCUGUCCUUCCCAGCACUCGCAGGCGCGCCAUGCUCGUCCUCCGAAGCGGUUUGACUAGAGCUCUAGCUGCGCGAAAGCUUGCGCCUCAGGUUUGCUCAUCUCUUGCUACAGGCCCCAGACAAUAUGAUGGAACAUUCUAUGAAUUUCGUACCUAUUAUCUUAAGCCCUCAAAGAUGAAUGAGUUCCUGGAAAAUACUAAGAAAAACAUUCAUCUUCGGACAGCUCACUCUGAAUUGGUUGGAUACUGGAGUGUAGAAUUUGGAGGCACAAUGAAUAAAGUGUUUCAUAUUUGGAAGUAUGAUAAUUUUGGUCAUCGAACUGAAGUUCGGAAAGCAUUGGCCAAAGAUAAAGAAUGGCAAGAACAAUACCUUAUUCCAAAUUUGGCUCUUAUUGAUAAACAAGAGAGUGAGAUUACUUAUCUAGUACCAUGGUGCAAAUUAGAAAAGCCUCCAAAAGAAGGAGUCUAUGAACUAGCUACUUUUCAGAUGAAACCUGGUGGGCCAGCUCUGUGGGGUGACCCAUUUAAAAGGGCGGUUCAUACUCAUGUCAAUCGAGGCUACACAAAACUAGUUGGAGUGUUCCAUGCAGAAUAUGGAGCACUCAACAGAGUUCAUGUUCUUUGGUGGAAUGAGAGUGCAGACAGGCGUGCAGCUGGGAGACACCAGUCUCAUGAGGAUCCCAGAGUUGUGGCAGCUGUUCGAGAAAGUGUUAACUUCCUUGAGUCUCAGCAAAAUAUGCUUCUGAUUCCUACGUCAUUUUCACCUUUGAAAUAGUUUUCCACUGAAAGAUGAAGCAUUACAUUAACUGCUCUAAGUUUUAUCUGCUAAUGGUGCUUAAAUUCUCCCAAGAGAUUCUCAUUUUUAUAUGAAGGAGGUGGUAAGUUAAUUUGCUAAGCCUUCUGCAUUUUUUAAAGCUACUUCUGUCCAUUGUCAUCACCUCUUGAGGAAAUAGUUCUGUUCAUUUCCCUUUGACAUUUCAGUGUCUGUCAUACAUUAAAAAUAGUUGUCAUUCCUAAGA